AUGACUCUGACGAGAGGGUCGUUCACCUACACAACUGGCGAGGAGUACCAUGGGGACUGGAAAGAAGGUCAGAGACAUGGAAUGGGCCAGCUGAAGUUCUCGGAUGGAACCUGCUACUCAGGACAGUUUGAGAACGGACUGUUAUAUAGCUCAGGGGUGCUCCUUUUACUAGAGGGAUCCAGGUAUGAAAGUGAGUUUGCCCAGGGGAAGUUCCAGGGAGCCGGGGUCUUCAGUCGCUUUGAUGGGAUGAAGUUUGAAGGAGAGUUCAUGAGUGGUCGUGUGGAGGGGUCCUGGUUACUGACGUUUCCAGAUGGGAACCAUGGUGUGCCGUGUAACGAGGGCCUGUUUGAGAACCAUACGCUGCAGAAGAGGGAGAAGUGCCCAGGGGUGGUUCAGUGGGCACAAGGAGCCGCCUUCACUGCCCGCAGUCUGGCUCUAUGACCCUGCAGAGACCAGGACAAUAUGUGGAGUGGCUAGCAGUUCAGCAACUAGACUCUUCUUAUUUCCAAAAUGAUGGAACAAUGGGGCUCAACCAUGGCCAGGAUACAACAUCCUCCUACAGGCACUCCAGGAUGGACGACAGGGUUAUGCAUCAGGGUUAGGGGCAAUUCUAAAUUGAGUUGCGAAUUGGUCUUUAAUUCCAUUUCAGUUCUUGAAUUGGAAUUGGCCAGACCCCACAGAAAGCAAAACUUGAAAUUAAUUUUAAUUUGUGGUAGAAUUGCUAAU